AUGGAAUUUGGCUCAAAGUUUGACUACUACUGGAAGCAGAACGGUCACAUUCGCCACGCUGUGAGCGCCAUCCAGGAUAUGUGCGACCCCACGGUUUUUCGUCUUGCCAAGAUGCGUAAUAUUGACGAUAUCGUCGUGAUACUACGGGCUCCAAGACGCGGUCACUUUGUCGGCGCGUUUAUGAUGAUGUUUGCAAAAAUGGACGACGUCUAUUUCCACAUCUACAGCAGCUCAGUGUUUCGGAAAAAAAACAGGGGUGGCACUCAGAUGCCAAAAUCACCAUUCGGUUUACCACUGAAGCAAUUCAAGGAGACACUUCCCAACUUCCAGAAGAAUAUCGCCACGUAUGCUGCCAAGAUGCUAGUUGAAGAUGUAGGCUUAGUCGACCUAGAAUGGUCUGACAAUCUGGCAGCUCCAGACGAGCUGGCCUGGGAACAUAUCAACUACCACACAAAGAGUAUCAGGGCCAGGUAUCAAUUUCUACUGGACAACUCGGUUGGCCCUGUCGGAGACUGCAUGGAUAUGUUGCGCUUGCAUUGCUUCAAGACGAUGUUUUCGUCACGAUCGAAUUACUUCAACCGUCAUGAAUGGGUUGCUGGAAGAGAUAGUGGUGGACUUGCUAGAGCUUCUAGUAAGAUCAAUCGGCGUCUGAGAGCACUGUUUGAUCCUUACGCGUCAGGGGAAGUUCUCCGUCUGCGACAAACAUGUUCACAUCUCGGUGCGGUUCCUUGGGCCACUGCUUCUUCACAAAUCUCUCCUGGGUCUCAUUCUCCCUCCCUCUGGUUAGAGCACUACCCUAAUGGCAUUUAGUACCACCGGAACGGCAGGAGUCUCGUCGAAUGAAAUUUUCGAUGGGAAGCAAAGAAACAUCAGGAUCGCAGGGGAACAUACUACAGAAAGGAUCGGGUGGUGCGUUUGAACUGACGGUGGCAAUGUAUGGGGUGCUCUCAAGGCUCGUUACAUUGUAUGAGCGAGCUUUCAUCCCCAUGCGACCGAAGGCGCCUCAGAAGUACGUGUGCCUUCAUUCAGGACUACGAUUCCGAUGAUGCAUAUGACCAGUUGCAGUCAGAGGACAGUAGAAUCGGUCGACCAGUGAUAAUAAGUCGAGAGUGCAUUCGGACAUUGAAGCUCAAGAGGUUUUGGGUUGGUGGUUGUUGCAGCUAUCGAAAGCUAGCCUCGGAGUAUCCAAGUUGGAACAUCAAGCCACGUUCCAAGGAAACUACUGAGCAGAAGAAGUUCAAGUUUGUAUGCUGCGCAUACUCAGUUGAAGCUUUGUGUAAUGAGCGAG